AUGGCAAGAAAUGAACAUCUUUCAACUAAAAUAGUGAUCAAAGAGUCGGGCCCCGACGCGGGCUCCAGGCCCUUCUCGGUUAGGGCUCUUCACGGCUUCCCCGACUUUCUUAGCCUUAACAACCUUAAAUACGUCAAGAUUGGUUACGUCUACCUCAUCAAUUUUUGCAUCUACUUCAUGGGCGCCUCGAGCCUUCUUCUUGCAUUCGGCACCAAAUUUGGAAAACUUACUUUGAAUAUUUUUUUUAUGAAGUAUUUUAACUCGACGAAUAUUGUUUUGUUUUUUGGUGUCUUGGCCGUGUUAGUCUAUGUUUUGUUUAAUUUGGCACCGACGGUUACUUAUCUCAUCGAUUUUGCUUGUUAUGUACCGCCCGAAAAAUUUAAGAUUACGAAAGAGGAAUACAUAGAACUGGCAAAGAAAUCAGGUCAGUUCAACGACGAGUCAUUAAAAUUCCAGCGGCGCGUGCUCAACACUUCCGGCAUCGGCGACGCCACCUACCUGCCACGCGCCGUAUUCCGGCCAGGAUACGCCGCCGACUUCCACGGCGGCCGGGAAGAGGCGGCGAUGCUGAUGUACGGAGCGGUGGACAACCUCCUCGCCGCCACCGCGCUCCGCCUCAACGAUGUACGGAUCCUCAUCGUUAACUGCGGCGUUUUCAACGCGACGCCGUCGCUCUCCGCCAUGAUCGUUAACCACUACAAGCUCAACCACCGGAUCCGGACCUACAACCUCGGCGGCAUGGGCGGCGCCGCCGGUGUCGCCGCCGUCGACCUCGCGAACAACCUCCUGAAGGCGUAUCCGCCGUCGUACGCGCUGAUUGUGAGCACCGAAGUCCUCCGCUACACCUGGUACGCCGGCGGCGACUCCGACAUGAUCCUACCUAACUGCUUUCUUCGAUUGGGCGCCGCCGCCGUCCUCCUCUCCAAUCGCCGCCGCGACCGGUGGCGCUGCAAGUAUCAACUCAAACAGUUGGUUCGAACGCACAAACACACAGACGACCGGAGCUACCGGAGCAUAUAUCUCCGGGAGGAUUCCGGCGGCCGGCGAGGCCUGUCGGUGAGCAAAGACAUGAUCGAGCUCGCCGGAGACGCUCUGAAGGCUAACAUCAAAUCUCUAAACUCUCUCGUUCUUCCGAUCUCGGAGCGGUUCCAUUUCUUCAAAUCCCUAAUUUUCAGGAAGAGCUCCGAUAAGCCGGCGUUCGAGCACAUCUGCAUCCUGGCGACGAGCAAGAAGGUCCUGGACCGGAUACAGGAGGACCUGGACCUCGCGGACGAGUUCAUGGAAGCCUCGAGGAAGACGCUGGAGCGAUUCGGAAACUCGUCUAGCAGCAGUAUCUGGUACGAAUUGGCUUACCUUGAAGCUCAAAAUAGGAUCAACAAUGGCGAUCGCGUCUGGCAGCUGGCGUUGGGGUCCGGAUUGGACUGCAAUAGUGUGUUCUGGAAGGCUGUUCGCAAUGUCAGGGAGGUGAAGAGGAAUCCAUGGGAGCGGGACUAGAGAUACAGUGGAAAGACCCUGGACGCCGACGCCAGAUUGAAUCUACACCGUUCAUCCACCUAAUUAGCUUAAGAUAGAUUAUUGCACUGGAAUAUGAUAAAUACUAUCUUAAUUAUAUAUAAAAUAAUUAAGCAAAAUAAUUAGAAAAUUUGUGCAGAUUGGUUUUUAUCAUAUAUAUAAUUUAACUAAAAACUAUUCUCCCAUUCUAUUAAAAUUAGCCUAUGGCCC